AUGUCGUACUCCUCCGUUUCCCCACCGCCUUCCGAGCAGCUCUGUUACGUCCUUUGCCGAUUUUGCGACACUGUCCUUGCUGUGAGCGUGCCUUGCACGAGCUUGUUCAAGAAUGUUACUGUGCGAUGCGGGCAUUGCACCAACCUGCUGUCGGUGAACACGCGCGAGAUGCAUAUGGCUCACUCCUUCUUUUCUCCUCACAAUCUUAUGGAGGAGAUUCGUAAUGUGCCGACGACUAACUUGCUCGUGAACCAGCCGUAUUCGAACGAGUCGUUUAUGCCUGCUCGAGGGCUCGACGAGCUUCCCAAGCCUCCAGCAGCUAACAGACCCCCCGAGAAAAGACAGAGAGUUCCAUCGGCUUACAACCGGUUCAUCAAAGACGAGAUCCAACGUAUCAAAGCUGGAAAUCCUGAUAUAAGUCAUAGGGAGGCUUUUAGUGCCGCUGCAAAAAAUUGGGCCCACUUUCCCCACAUUCACUUCGGACUCAUGCCUGAUGAUCAACCCGUGAAGAAACCAAAUUUGUGCCACCAGGAAGGUGAAGAAGUGCUGAAUUUGAAGGAGAAUGGAUUUCUCUAA